CGCGCUUCCGGAGUUCUGUCUGUUCUUUCAAACUAAACACCGCGAGACAGACACGAAUAAUAACAGCAUAAACAGAACAAAUAUCAUAAAAUAAAUAACAUGAGAAGAUUUAUGUUUGAUAUGGACGUGAAGGAUCAAAAAGAGGAUGUUAUUCGUCGUUUAAUCAUGUAGUGUGGGUUUAUGAGCUUCAUAUGGCUUCUCUGGUGGAUUAUGAGGACUCUGACAGCGAGACGGAUCAGGAUCUUCAGGGUAAUGGUGAUGAAGCCCUCAUCAUCAGCUCAUCUUCAUCUUCAUCUUCACGAGUGUCAGCAGCACAGUCCUCUUCCUCCGGCUCCGUGAAGAGAGGUCAUCUGCAGGCGUCUGCGGUCAGGCCGUACGUUCCUAAGAGACAGAGACUGACCGCGAGCGCAGCGGCUCAGACCGAAGAGCCGGACCGGUCUGGGUCUGCCGGGUCUCUGCUGCUGUCCGAGGGAUCCGAGAGGGUCCGGCAGUGUCUGGACCGAAGGCAGAGUCGGGUCCAGCUGCCCACACGCAUGCAGAGCCGCGUCGAAGCCCAUCAGGGUCCGGUCAACACACUCCGGUGGAGUCCGGUGGAUCAUCUCAGUCAUCUGCUGCUGACCGCAUCCAUGGACAGAACCUUCAAGGUGUGGGACGGCGCUGGCGGGGGGCGGUGCUUACACACAUACUCCGCCCACCGCGGCUCAGUGCGGGAUGCUGAUUGGCUGCCCUGCGGGCGCCGCCUCCUCUCGGGGUCAUUCGACGGCAGCGCUGCGGUCACUGACGUGGAGACCGGGAAGACGAUCUCACGGGUGGAGAAUGGGUUUAAGGUGUGCUGCGUCGCUCCACGGCCCUCCGACCCCGACGUGUUUCUGUGCGGAGGCUUCAGCCCGGAGGUCAGGGCCUGGGACGCUCGCUGCUGUAAGACGCUGCGGGUCUACAGAGCGGCGGUUCAGCAGACGCUGGCCGUCUUGUUCCUGAGCGGCGGGAGAGAGUUGGUCAGCAGCAGCGAUGCGGUCAGUCGGGACUCGGCCGACCGGACGCUCAUCGCCUGGGACUACGAGACCACCGCCAGACUCUCCAACCAGAUCUUCCACGAGCGCUACACCUGCCCGUGUCUGGCUCUUCACCCGCUGGAGAGCAGCUUCGUGGCUCAGACCAAUGGAGACUACAUCGCCCUGUUCUCCACCCAGAGGCCCUACAGGAUCAACAAGAGACGCCGCUACGAGGGACACAAGGUGGAGGGUUUUGCAGUGCAUUGUGGGUUCUCUGCAGACGGGAGCGUCCUGGUCUCUGGUAGUUCUACAGGUUCUGUGCACUUCUAUGACUUCCAGAGCUCUAGAACCCUGAGCACGCUUCAGGCUCAUCAACACGCCUGCGUCUGCGCCGCCAUGCAUCCCAUCAUUCCCGGCCUCACGGCCACAGCUGAUUGGACGGGAGAGAUGAAGAUCUGGAGCUGAGGAUUAUGGGUAAUCGCAUCAGCCACUGAAUGGGACGUGGUUUCUUGUUUGUUGACUUUUAUACUUUACCUUAAUAAAACAUAAAAUAAUA